AUGGCCACUGGAGCUGCCGGCGACGGCUUCUUCCGGAGCCUUCUCGAAGGCUGCAUUACCGCCGCGGACACCGGGAUCCAGCGCCGCCCCUACCACCGCAACUGUGGCUGCGCUCUCCACAACUCCGCUGGCCACUGCCCCCACCGCUCCAGAUACGAUAAGGUCUCCUACCGGAUCCGCCGCUCCUGGAGCGAAGGAUCGCUCUCGCUGAUCGGCCAGUCCUCGCUGUCUCCGUCCUCCUCCCCCGCCUCGGCGUCUGCGGAGAUUCCGAGGACAGCGUCGCAGGUGGCGCUGUGCAGAGCGGCAGAGGAUGAUGAGGUGAGUGCUUCGCCCAAAGCGUGA